AUGACAAACCCUAACUUAUUUAGCAGCGGAAUCGAGCUUGCAUCUUUUGUAACAAGUUCCCGCAUCCUUUGUAAAUCAUGGAAUACUAUCUCAUCUGAAAUUGAUAAUGAAGAUAUUGUUUCAUAUGAUGGCGUGGGACUAUCUUGGAAGGUUGAUUCGGGUUCAGAUUUUACGAUAAUAGCGUUUAACGCCACAGUAGACUCUUCUUCCAAUGUUAAAGCUGAUUUGGUUUCUUCUUCUGAACUUAAGGAAAACAAUUUUCUUGAUUUUGAGUUUUUGUGUUCCAGGAGUAUUCCAAUUUUCUCUCUUAAUGAAACUGCAGUUUUACUCUUUCGUCAAAAUCAUCAAGAGCUUGAUAAGUUGAAAUCCCAGAUUAAUAGUUCCAAUCCACGGACAUCGCUGAUUGUUACUGGACAUGGUCUCGGAGGAUCAAUUGCUUCUCUCUUUACUAUAUCGCUAUUACAUAGCAUUGGUUCAGGAAAGAAUCGUCCACUCUGCAUCACCUUUGGUUCACCCCUUGUUGGUGAUAGGAGAUUGCACGAAGCCAUAUCUCGUAGUUCUAUUUGGAAUUCUUGCUUCAUACACGUUGUAUCACACAAAGACCCACUUCCAAGGCUCUUCAUUACAAAUCAAACCAGUUCCUACAUGCCUUUUGGAACAUUUAUCAUGUGUUCUGAUGCAACCUCUUUUGAGAACCCGGAUUCUAUCUUGGAAAUUUUCGCGGCAUUGGCCUCAGUCCAUGAUAAAAGUCAAGGACUUGAAUCUGUUGAUUAUGGAAAUAUAGUAAAAAAUCUCUAUCUUAAGGCAACAUCCAUCGGUUUUUCCACUCAAGUUGAAAACACGACUGAACCAGACUCACUAGCAACUGGUAUUAGUUUGCAGUUGCGGGCAUUAGGAUUGACACCGCAUAUGCAGGUGUGGCAGCAAGAGAACAUUGAUAUCAAUGCUCUGGGAAGAAAUUUAAAAGAACUAGAAGAAAAAUUCAUCCAGCAGAAGAAGAUAUCAUUUGAUCCAUCCAAGAAAUUGAAUGACAUUAAGAUAUACAUGGCCUAUCUUGAAUGGUACAAAAAGGAAACUAAGAAUCAACAAAUAGGGUACUAUGACAGCUACAAAAACAUUAACACACCAUUUGACCAGGAUGUUGUUGAGUUCCAUAGAAAGCUCACUAUUUACUGGGAAAAGAUGGUUGAAGAAGUUGAAAUGAAGCCUCAAAAAGAAGGUGCAGCUUUUCGUACCCGUUGGCUAUAUGGUGGGACUACUUACAGGAGAAUGGUUGAACCGCUAGCUAUUGCUGAAUACUAUAGAGAUGGUGGUAAAGACUAUGUUAAGGAAAAAAGGUCCAAGCACUUCAAACAGUUGGAUGAGUGGUUGAUGGAAGAGUCAAAAAGUGCCACAAGUGAUAUAAACAGUACGAGUAGAAAGAAUGUAGAAGCUAUUUUGACUAUAGAUUCUUGCUUUUGGGCACAUGUUGAAGAGGCUCUCCUUUUAUGCAGAGAGUUGAAGGUUGUCAAAGAGAAAGAAGAGAUACUAAAGAAAUUGUUUGAAUUUGAGGUGUAUGUUUAUCAGUUGCUCAAAGAUUAUGCAGUGUCUCCAGAUAUUUUUCUGCCACAAAGCAGCUAUAUUCAAUGGUGGAAUGAGUAUAAAGCAGUUAAGGGAUUUUCAUACACUUCAACGCUCACGAAUUUCAUGAAUGAUGGUACAAAGAUUGAGCUGUAUGCUACUGGAGCUUAUGAUUUCCCUUGA